AAUGUUGUUGUUCCUGCUGGGUGCAUGGAUGUGGUGAAUUGUUGGAGAGUUUGACAGAAGGGACGAGCACACGUUGGUUAAAUUCAUAAAUAGCGCAUUUGUUAGGCCGUCGUUUGACGUUAAAACUACCUCAAUGUAUUUUAAAAUAAGUCACUAGCCGGCGUUUCAACGUUAAAGCUACAAGCUAGCGUGAGCUGUUAUUGAAGGUAAACAGGGAAGACACAGCAGACUGAAACCAUCUGGGUAGAAGUAGCAGAGCCAGGCGGGUUUUUACACCUCUGGAUGAGGGUGUUUUGGCUCAGAACAGUAUGAUGGGCAUGCCCACUCGAAUAGAGUGUAUAUUUUUUAGUGAAUUUCAUCCAACUCUGGGCCCAAAGAUAACAUAUCAGGUCCCAGAGGAAUACAUUUCCCGGGAGCUCUUUGACACAGUUCAAGUUUAUAUUAUCACCAAGCCAGAACUACAGAACAAAUUAAUAACAGUCACUGCUAUGGGAAAGAAGUUAAUCGGCUGUCCUGUGUGCAUCGAACAUAAAAAGUAUAGCCGAAAUGCCCUCCUUUUUAACCUCGGCCUUGUUUGCGAUGCCCAGACCAAUACAUGUGCCCUGGAGCCCAUUGUUAAGAAGCUGUCUGGAUACCUCACAACUCUGGAGCUGGAGAGUGGCUUUAUAUCUAAUGAGGAGAGCAAACAGAAACUUUUACCGAUCAUGUCGACCUUGUUAGAAGAACUUAACGCCACAGGAGCCUGCACAUUGCCCAUAGAUGAGUCUAACACCAUCCACCUAAAGCUCAUCCAGCUACGAAAAGAUCCCCCGAUAGUCCAGGAAUACGAUGUGCCUGUCUUCACCCAGUGCAAAGAGCAUUUUAUCAAAUCUCAGUGGGACCUCACCACUCAACAGAUCCUGCCCUACAUUGAUGGAUUUAGACACAUUCAAAAAAUCUCUGCUGAAGCGGAUGUAGAGCUGAAUCUCGUUCGCAUCGCGGUGCAGAAUCUCCUGUAUUAUGGAGUAGUGACUCUGGUGUCAAUAUUCCAGUACUCUAAUGUGUACUGCACCACUCCCAAAGUCCAGAGCCUCAUAGAUGACAAGUCCAUUCAGGAGGAGUGUCUCAGCUACGUCACUAAGCAGGGUCAGAAGCGUGCCAGCCUGAGAGAUGUGUUCCAGCUGUACUGUGGUCUGAGUCCAGGAACCACAGUCCGAGACCUCUGCUCCCGCUACUCGCUGCAACUUCAAAGGGUUGACGAGAGGAGGCUAAUCCAGUUUGGACUGAUGAAGUCUCUCAUUCGACGGCUGCAGAAGUAUCCUGUGAAGGUGAUCCGAGACGAGAGAAGCAGGCCGCCUCGACUCUAUACCGGUUGUCAUAGUUAUGAUGAGAUCUGCUGCAAAACAGGGAUUAGCUACCAGGAGCUGGACGAACGUUUGGAAAACGAUCCCAACAUCAUCGUGUGCUGGAAGUGACACAAAGCCAUUGGACUGAAAGACACAGAGAUGCCUCAACCAAAGAUGCCUUUAGUGAGCGGAACAGUUUUACUGGAAUAACUGUGAAAAUGACAUAGGGUUUUUGUCAUUUUGUUUGCUUAGUUCUUUUUUAAAGCAAUCUUGAAUCUUUUCACGAAGAAAUGGAAUCAAAAUUUCUUCAAGUCAAGUGAUGAAGGUGAAUUUUAUGAAUACUGUGCAGAGGAAAAUAUGUGUUUAUGAUGCAAACAUUGCAGACUGGCUGUAUAUCAGCUCUGGUUACCUGGUUAUAUACAAUACAUUAUUAAAUUAAACUAAAGCUAAAAAUGUCUGUUCUAUUACUGGUUCCAUAUUCAGUUUCACUGAUUUAUUCCUGUGACUUAUUAACCCUAGAUCAUCUAACUUUCAUUACAAACCGAUAUCCUGACAUAAAGGACAAAAACACAUUAUCCUCUGCAGUGGUACAGCCCCUUUGGCAAGUUUCGUCAGCCCUGAGACUUUAGAUUUUAUUUGGAAUUUAAUUAUUUGAAAAUGUUUGCAGCAUAUUUAAUAAACCCAAUUAAAGGUAGGUCGUAAAAACACACAAAAUAUCUUUGAAAUUACUGCCAAAUCACACUGAUGCUGAAGUUCCCAAAACCAGCAGGCUGAAUUUCAUGGAAUCAAAUGAGUUGUAUUAGAACAAAGUGUUUCACCAAACAUCUAAAAGUUUACCUUUCAAUAUAAUUUUGCAGCCAUAAAAAGUAAGACUCAGAGUGAAGCCCUGGAGCAAGCAGAUGUACAAGGUCUGAUGUUAUCAGAUACUUUGAAUAGCUUUGCAUUUAUGCUUGCCAACAUUAAUCUUUUAGUACAGAUUUUAUGUGCUUUUAAGUUACACAUGGAUUUACAUUACAUGCUGACUGUUCAGAGGAAAAUGUACUGAGUAGUUACUUUAGAUAUCUAAAAUUUGAUUUGCAAAAUGUGAUUGGCUUUUGCAUUUUUAUGUAAUUUUGGUAAACACCUCUUGGAAACGAUUGAAUAAGAACCCUCGUUUUCAAUGGUACCUAGGCACAUAAAAUAAAUCCACUCAGCAAAAUGAGGUUGCAAAAACAAGAAUUCAUGCCUAUAUCAGCUAAAAACAAACUGAACAAUGCUUUAAAGUAAAAAUGCAAGAACAGACAAUUCGACUAAUAUAUUAAUGGAACAAUGUAAUAAACAAAAAUUAGCUCAGUUUUGAUGUACAGCAACAGUAAAGUCAAGUCAAGUCAAGGUAAGCACUCAUUAAUCAAUAAUAGGAAUCUAGUAAUAUCGUAUUUAAUGUACGGCCAAUUUUUUAAAAAGUAUUUGGCUGAUACUAAUACUUUCCUACGUUUCAUAUUUUUAAUACAGUACUUUUACUUGAACUGAGAUAAGUGAGUAAUCAUACAUAUUUUCACUAUCACUGUGGACUUUUAGCCAAGUUUAUAACACGCACUGUUCAUGACAAAUCUAUGUUUGAUACACAGAUGUAGUUGUAGGUUUAGGUUGUAGGUGUUAUUUGCAGAUCUGUUGCCCCUCUAUGGCGGCGAACACAAACUGCUCUGCGCGCCUGCGCUUGGUUUACAGUAACCAUGACAACCACCAGACGCAACGGGUCUCUUUAGUUAGCAUCACAAACAAGCCUACUGAAGUUGUGGUGAAAAAUUACUUAUUUAUUACCGGGUGUCUUACAAAGUAGUCUCCUGCAUUGACAUGGAGACGUCGGUAGUUCUGCCAGUGGAAGCAGAGGGGUUCGUUCAAAGUCUGGAAACUUUCUCCCUCAAGGAAAUCGGCUCUGAGAGAUUCAAAGUAAUAGAAGAGUCGGAGAAAGCUGAGAGCGACGAGUCGGAACACUCAGGAGACACACAGGAGAGUUUGGGAGGCGAUGCAGCAGUAUCAAGCCGAAGACAAGAGGAUAUGAACGAGACGACAUAUGAGGGUGGCUCUCUUGUGAGACUUCAUGGGAUUUACCUGAAGCAGCAGCACAUGAGCCUGCAGUGGCACAAGGUGUAGAGGAGGAGGACAGAGAUGUACAGGAUGCACUGAUGCACUACGUGUCAUGCAAAAGUUAGAAGUUAUUCUUCUCGCUAUACUUCUGUUUUUCUGUCCCCGGACCGCUAUUGUUUUCUUUAAUGCAAUUCUGACAAUAAACUUUUGUACCUUUUGCA